CGUCAUGAUUUGACCUCGUUUUUUCCGAGUUCCCAGUUGUUUUAAAAGCACCAAUUGUUGUUAUUUGUCUGGAACAAAUCUGGACGCGUCCCUGGUUAACCUUACGACCAUUAGGCUUGAACAAAAUCGUUUGCGUUUAAACUUUAACCCCUAGGUUACUGGCUACAGUUUAUAGGCUACAGACAGUUUAUGGUCUUCUUUAUUGACAGACACCAAGAAAGUUCAACGAAUACCAUGAGGAUUCCCAUCGAAAAUGAUUUUCUAACAGGGAAUAAUCGGAGAGGCGCCUCUGGCACUGGAAGUAAAUGAUCUCUGUGUGUAAUAUUCAUAUGAUAUUUUUAAUUUCAAUCUACUUCAUGUAGGACUUGUUCCAUAAUCGACUGACGUGGGGACCUCGGAGGGCUGGUCUAGAAAGCCUGGAUGACUGUGUAGUCCGCUGAGCCUCGCAGUACAGUAACCCGACUCAUGCGUUUGUUUCUAGACUUUCAAGUUAACAACGCUUUGGAUACAUAUUUCAACAAUGUCGCGACUGGCCUGUAAACAAAGAAAGGCGGCGUGCGGUAACUUAUUUUCCCGAAAACCUGUGGUCUUGGAUAGACUACAUUGAAUACGAUUAUUGCCAUCCAAAUAACCAGCGUCACUGACCCAGGUGAACGUUUACAAAGUAACUGUUCAGGCACUCGAGUUGCUGCACGCUCUCUGUUUCAAGUUUGGGCUACUUGUAUAGUAAAUGGAGGUUCGUCUUGACACAUUUUUGUCUUGCCAUUUUAUUAUUUUUAAGCCUAAUUACAAUCAAUACAAUUAUCCAUGUUUAAACGUGUGAGUCGAUUUUAAAAUGGUUGAACAUCGAUGCUCCGUUCAAAGGGAAGGGGUCUACCGCUGGUUCUCGAUAUUGAACUCGGCCCAGAGAGCUGAGUUCAUUUGUGGGCUUUUGGACCUCUGUGUUCCCAUCGAACUACGCUUCCUCGGGUCGUGCUUGGAAGACUUAGCCCGCAAGGACUAUCACACCCUCAGGGAUGCCGAGAUCAAAGCCAACAACCCCGCUGACCUCUCGAACCUUACCAACAUCACGGACGAGGUCGUGAGGAGCAAGCUGCUCAUCUCCCUGGCACUUCUCAGCUCGGACAAUCGAGAGGCGGCGGGUGUUCUCUUCCGAACGCUCACGCACAUCGACAGCAUCAUAAACAACUACGGCCUGCAGCUCAACAAUGGACAAACGGAGGAGCAGUUCCUUCUCCUCUUCACCAUGGCAUCCAAUCACCCGGCUUUCAGCUUUCACCAGAAGCAGGUGCUAAGACAGGAGCUGACCCAGAUCCAGGAGGUCCUGCAGGUCACCUGUGGAGAGCAGCUGCCCGGGACUGGCGGCUGCGGCGGGACUGGCGCGCUGGCCACCCUGUCUCCCGCCACUAGCAUCCCUACCUACAUCACUGCGCCCACCCUCGACUCCUGUCAGGUCGGGUGUCCAUGUUGUCAUAAGACACCGCACCGAGAGGUCGGGGCAGGGCGAGGGAACGAGGGAAUUGUCCCAGAAUCCAUGCCUCACAUGCCAUCUCUCUCAUGCCAGGAGCUGCCAGUCAAGGUGCAUGUUGGAAAACCCAGCAAAGUGAACAUAGAGAGGAUAGAGCUGAGGGGAGUGACCCACAAGAAGAAACCAAUUGAAUAUAUGCUAGAGGUCAAAUGGUCAGACUCCUCUGUGUCCACUGUGGGCAGGACUCACCAGGAGGUGCUGGACUUUCUCUCCCAGGUCUCCCAGAUUUUCCCUGAUGAAGGUCUAGAGAAGUUCCUGCCUCAGUCCCCUGGCCUUGAUCAGACCCCUGAGCUGGACCCCAGGUGCCUGACAACGCUUCCAGCCCACAUUCUCAAACAUUACCGGGCCAGACUCUUCUUCAGCACUACUGCCCCCAACGCCACCGCCCCCUCCUUUCCCCCCACCGCAAAUCUUGGGUGCUUGCUUCAAUACAGAGGAGCCAACAGGGCUGUGUGUGGUGUGGCCAGUAUCCAGCCAGUCAUGAGCAUUCACAACUCCAUUCAGCCUUGCUCUCCAACCCAGCUGCUCCCCCAGGGCACCGUGCCCAUUCUUCCCCCCGGCAGGGUGGAGGGGCCAGGGGGGGACAACGCGCCCCCUCCCGGGCACCUCCAGAACCCUGGCCCUCCACAGAUGAACAGCCCAGAACAGAAUGGCAUCCUGGACUGGCUGAGGAAACUCCGCCUGCACAAGUACUACCCAGUCUUCAAGCAGCUGACCAUGGAGGAGUUCCUUGGACUCACAGAGGAGGAUCUGAACAGGUAUGACCUCACCCAGGGAGCCAAGAAAAAGCUGAAGACACAGCUGGAACUGCAGAAUAGGGAGAAGAUGGAGAAGAGGUAUAUGGUGUCCCAGUUCCCUGUGCCCUGUAGUGGCAUUGCCAGGGUUACUCCAUCCAGCCACAUUGGCCCAGUGACACAAGUCCACUCCAAUAACAACACAGAGCAGCGUGUGGAGGUAGAGACAGGCAUGCACCCUCCACCCCGGGACAGCAGCUCCUCCUCAGGUUAUUCCAGCUCCCCCUCCAGCCCCAUUACCCCUCUGUCUCUGUCUCUGUCCCGGGAAGGGGCCGUCGACAGGGCCAAGGAGCCACGCAGACGUAUGGAGUCAGGACUAGACCUCGGAGAGAAGGACAGGACAUGUGUUCUCCUGAACCCCACGGUUACAACAGGUCCAAGUCGGCCCACUGCUCAGGUUCUUCCUGUGCAGAAUGAUCCUACUCCCUGCCCCUCCCACAUGGGCCUUCCUCCACUCUCCUUGCCCCUACUGUCACCAAGACGCAUCCUGGGUUCCCCCCAUAAGCCCCGGCCCCCUCCCCUCUGCCCUGACGAGCGGGUGAAACCCCUGGGUUCAGGCGUGGCUGUUGGGGUGCGGCUGGAAAGCCUGUUCCCUGGCCUGAGUGUGGACAGUGUGGGGUUCCCUCCCCUUCACCAGGAUUCUGCUGGGCCCUGGGGGCCCUCUGGGGUCACCAUGCUGCGCUCCCUUCCAGGCCUGAUGGUAGAGACCAGCACCACCCUCACCACCACCUCCAACACCCUGCACCAUGUCUCACACCUACAGGUGUCCCCCUCCUUACCCCGUGCUGGACACUACCCUUACCCCUCUUCCUCCGCCUCCUCUUCCUCAUUAUCUCCCUCCUCCAAGUCAGCCUUCCCGUCUGUGAGUGGCAUUCCCAUGGGAACCGUGAGCAGCGUUCCCAUGGCAGCGGUGCCAGGCAAUACCUAUUGUGUCAACAGUAGCGCUGCUGUCCUGCCAAGCUCCAGUCCCACUUCCACAGAGAACAGCGGCUACGCCGUCGCCUCUGGCUCCACCCCAAGCCCCUCUGUGUGCGUGUGCAGCUCCUGUGGCUGCAGUGGGAACUGUGGCUCCUACGGGGCCCUCCCAACCAGCUACGCAGGGUACUUCCAGCACCCCUUCUCAGGGACGUCAGUGUUCACUCUGGGGCCCCUGCUUCACCUCAGUCCCCUGCUGGCUGGGAGCAGUACUGCAUUCCCCUUCCCCCUGGUGGCACCGCCCCUCUACAACAGCAGCAUGUCUCACAGCCACGACACCCAGGGGCAGCAGGGGCUGGUUCUGCCCCCCAUGCAGGGCUUUCUGGGGGCCGGGGCCAACGUGUACCAGCCUCAUGGGUUGGUGGGGAACGGAGGGCACAAGAAGCCAGGGAGCCUGUCCUGCUACAACUGUGGGGUCACCGGCCAUCGGGCACAGGAAUGCAAGCAGCCACCCAUGGACGCUGCUCAGCAAGGCACAUUUCGGCUGAAGUAUGCUCCUAAAUCAGACAGCCAGGACUCAGAGGACUAGGAACAACUCCUGUGAUCUUACCCCUGCACACAUCAGCACCUUAUGUCUAAGGCACUGCAUCUCAGUGCUUGAGGCAUCACUACAGACCCCCUGGUUCGAUUCCAGGCUGAAUCACAA